GGGUUUUUGCGGGUCUCGAUAUAAAGAGAUAGUCCUUAUCUUCUUGUAUGGUUAAGCCUUCCAUUUCAGUGAGGUAACCAUCUUACUGACGAUUCGAAGAACCGCAGUUCCUAACAAAUUUAACAAAAGAUGAAUCGGGAAAAGCUGAUGAAGAUGGCUGGUUCAGUUCGAACUGGUGGGAAGGGUACCAUGAGGAGGAAGAAGAAGGCUGUCCACAAGACAACGACCACAGAUGACAAAAGGCUUCAGAGCACUUUGAAGAGAAUAGGGGUGAAUGCGAUACCUGCAAUUGAGGAGGUCAACAUUUUCAAGGAUGAUGUAGUCAUCCAAUUCCUAAAUCCUAAAGUCCAAGCAUCCAUUGCUGCUAACACGUGGGUUGUCAGUGGUGCUCCUCAAACAAAGAAGUUGCAAGAUAUACUUCCUACUAUUAUUAACCAAUUAGGACCAGAUAACUUGGAGAACCUGAAGAAGCUAGCAGAGCAAUUUCAGAGGCAGGCCCCUGAAGCAGGUGCCGGUGCUACUGCUGCACAAGAAGAGGAUGACGACGAAGUCCCAGAUCUUGUUGCUGGCGAAACCUUCGAGACAGCUGCUGAAGAGACUCCUGCUGCUGCAUCCUAGACUUUCACUGGGCCUUCUCUAUAAUAUCUCCUGUGUUUUUUAAGGAUUUCUUUUUCCUUUCCUUUUCUUUUUUCUUUUUUCAAAUUUAAGCAUUUCAAGUGUUUUCUGUUACAUACUUCAGCUGACAUACUCAAAAUCUGGUUUUUCGCCAACCAACUCUAGAUGUUGUACUGCUCUAGAGCUUGCCCCAUUGUAUGUGCAUCAUAAUUGAAGGUAGAAAUCAAUUUUGCUUAUUUA